AUGUCGUGGAUCGGCAUGGGCACCAUGAAGCCAUGGUGGGGGGUGGCCAUCCACUGCCCAUUGCUGCUUCCCUUCGAAGAUGAGCAUAAUGAGCCGCCGACACGCGACACAAAGCACCCCAAAUUGGUCAAGACCCCUGGUGGGGCCGCUGUCCUCGCCGGGGAGACGAUGGGCCCGAGAAAUGUGGCUAAAGGGAUUCGCAAGUCGGAAAUAACCGCCUGG